AGGCUUCUAUAAAGGUGUUGUUAGCAGUCAUCGCUCGUCCUGUGUCCUCCCUUGUCCGUGUUUUUGGCGCUGUUUUAAAUAUGAAUGUCCCGAGUGAAGUGUUGCAAUCGAACCGGUAUAGUACGAGUCAAGUUUUUCCAAUACGAAGUUUCUUAUCCAAGUCGCCCUGCGAUACGCGUCGUCUGCUUCUUAAUUUCGCGAAAGAUGAAAUCAUACACUGUUGUCUUUCCACCGCGAUGACACGCAUAACGGUACACAAUCUUCCGGCAUCCGUUUUUGUUUUGUUUUUUCGGGCUUCUGGCGCGGCGGCAUCACGGCGACUGAGAACUACGAGGCCAUGGAGGAAGGAAACUGAGGAGAGGCCCUACCCCCUCCGCGCGCUAGGAGAAAAGUGUGGAGAAAAUGACGUAGGUAUCAACUUAUAUUCCCUCGGCUCCUACGUCUUGGGCUACUACCGGAAUGUAGCGAGCUCGGGGAUCUUCUACGACAUCAUCCUUGGUGCUGAGUCAGGCGUGGACAUGGCAUCUGAUUAUAUGCUCUUCAGUGUACUCCAAGUGCCGGCCAAUCCGGCACUUUCUGGUCCGAGUCCUGCGCAAGUGGUGGAGACUCUGCGCAAGUUCCUGACGCUGAACGCCGGGACCAUCGUCGUCUGCUGCGCUGGCCAUGUGGCGGGCGCCCACUUUCUAUCCCGCAAUGUUCCUGUGGCGGGAGUUUACAACGCCGACGAGGAAUGGUCCGUGCGCAAUCGAGCAUUCCUGCAGCGCGCCAUCGGCCACAUAGCCCUGGCUAUAGUGAAGGGAGUCAUCUUGUAUCAGAUAUACAUAUUCUACCAGGACUGUAAGACCAACCCGCCGACGCAGGGAGUUAUCUUCGUGUUGAACCCGUUUACAAGGUAUCCAGCGGUGGCUGUUCCCGGGAUCCCGGCGGCGCCUGCCCAGGUCGAAAUGGCGCCUGCCCAGGGCCAAAUGGCGCCUGCCCAGGGCCAAAUGGCGCCUGCCCAGGGCCAAAUGGUGCCUGCCCAGGGCCAAAUGGCGCCUGCCCAGGGCCAAAUGGCGCCUUCUGCGAGUCGGCCAUCGUAGGUUUUAUGUAUAGUGUCAAUGCGCUUACGAAUAAAACAAAUUUGUGGCUCUCGUAUAUACACUCUAUACAGUAUGGUUCAACGAAAGCAAUGUAUUUGAUGCAUAUAGCGCAGAAUAAAUUGUGUUUUUGUGCCGGCA